AUGCCGGAACUUAUAGCGACACAGGAGCAGGAGCUUCUCUACGAAAACUUCCAGUCAUUCGAAGUUACUGUCAACGGAACCCGGAUGCACGUUUUGGGAGACAUAGAGGCUAUUAACGGCAGAUUUACCGGCCGUUGCCCUGUCAUAAUGAGGCAAAUCGGUGGAGGGCUGUGCUGCAAUAAAGUACCGUUUCCCCCUUGGGAAAGGCCGCACCAAAAGCACCUCCAUCGACCUGGGAUGUUCAUAUUCACCAUGUACCCUAGACUUGCCCCCGAGGACGACUUUAGCGGAAUGCUAGAGGGUUGUAACGAAUUCGCAACUUGUUUUGAGGCUCCAAACUUUCCAAAGGUCGAAGCAGAGAUUAAAAAGUUGUUCCCAACCAUGAAGGCGACGCUGCAAGAUCAGUUCUUUGCUAUUUCAGACAGUGCAGGGGCUCUCUGGUCGGUAAUCACGUUACUGUCUCAUCCCGGCGUCAACAUUCGGUCUGGUGAGUUGUGGUGUCCAAUGGCGGGACUUUACAGAAGGAAACUGGGACCCUAUCGUGGAGUCAACAUCAGUGCCAAACAGGCAACCGACAGCGGCUUGAACUGGCUUGAUGAUGCGAGCAGGAUCCGACCAGGGCAUCGUCCAGGACGAGGAAGAACUCCUCCACUAGGUAUGGGAGUCCUGGCAGUGAAUGCUACCUGGACCUACUGCAAGGACAGAGAUGAGUUGAAACCGGUGCCCUUGUUAGAAGUGCUCACCCGGUACUUCUCCAUUCUGGAGCUCGCAAACAUGGUCGACGCGUCGAACUACUAUCAUGACGUUGGGAAGGAUAUGGUGUUCGACCCGAAUCUUCUAGUUGAGCCUGUUCGUAUCUUUGAAAGACUCGGGGAACGAAUGAACAACAUUGGCGUACGAUACUUGCCAGAAAUGGACGCACUGGAGUUCAUCAAGGAGAGAUCCUUGCCACAGCUGUACCCACCCCGGAAACCGCUAAGGUUGGCAAUAGUCCAUGGUACAGAAGACGUCAAUUGUCCAUUUGAAAACGCAGAACAAUUGGCCAUGUUUUUCCAGCGGGUUGGGGCGGACGUACGAUUCGAGAAAGUGCAGGGCGCCCCUCAUGCGUUUGAUGUGCCGACCGCGGAUUCCGGAACAGGGAGGAAGUAUGACUUUGACUACGAAGAGAUGCACCAAUGGUCAGCGGCACCGAUGGAAUGGAACGAGACGGCUGUGUAA